CCCAGGGACAGGAGGCUCUGCUGGACCCCACUCAGAGAGCCCUCUACAGGGACAUCAUGCAAGAGAAUUAUGAGAUGGUGACCUCGCUGGGGGGUGCUGGGCUGGUGAAUGAGAAGGAGAAUCCACAGCGGGAAAAUUGUGAGGACGUGGAUCUGCAGGGAACAGUAUUGGGAAGAACUGAGGGGAAUUUUUACCAGGAUCGUAAACGAGGAAAGCCUUGUGGAACUCAGCGCAGAUCAGAGAGAUUGCUGGGAUGCAACCCAGGGAAGAAAACACGUGAACCCAUAAAUGAUGGUGGAGGUUGCAAGGACCUCAAGGAAACCACGGCCCAACAGAGAAUGCCCAGAGAAGAGAAAAAAAACACAUGCAGCGAGUGUGGGAAAAUCUUUAUUCGGCGGUCACAUCUUAUUUCACAUCAGAAGGUCCACACUGGAGAGAAGCCUUACAAGUGCCUUGUCUGUGGGAAAGUUUUCAGUCAGAGCUCAAAUCUUAUUUCCCAUCAGAGGAUCCACACAGGAGAGAAACCCUAUAAGUGCCUUGUCUGUGGGAAAGGUUUCAGUCAUACUGCAAACCUUAUUUCCCAUCAGAGGAUCCACACAGGGGAGAAACCCUAUAAAUGCCUUGACUGUGGGAAAGGUUUCAAUCAGGGUUCAAACCUUAUUAGGCAUCAGAGAACCCACACAGGCGAACAACCUUAUAAAUGCCUGGAAUGUGGGAAAAGCUUCAUUCAGAGCUCAGAUCUUAUUAGGCACGAGAGAACCCACACAGGUGAGAAACCCUAUAAAUGUCUGGACUGUGGGAAAAGCUUUGUUCUGAGCUCAGAUCUUAUUUCACAUCAGAGUGCUCACACGGGAGAUAAACCCUAUAAGUGCCUGGAGUGUGGGAAAAGUUUCAAUCAGAGCUCAUACCUAAUUUCACAUCAGCGAACACAUACAGGAGAGAAACCCUAUAAAUGCCUCGAGUGUGGGAAAACAUUCAGCUGGAACUCAAAUCUAAUUUCCCAUCAAAGAACUCACACAGGAGAGAGACCAUAUAAGUGCCUGGACUGUGGGAAAAGGUUCAUUGACAACACAGCCCUUAUUAAACAUCAAAGAAUGCAUACAGGAGAGAGACCCUAUAAAUGCCUCGACUGUGGGAAAAGUUUCAGUCGGAAGUCAACUCAUAUUGGACAUCAGAGAAUCCACAGAGGAAAGAAACCUUGAAUGUGGGGUAAGCUUCAGCUGGGGUCAGCUUGUAUCACACAUCAGGAAAGUUGUACAGGGAAUAAACCUCUUAAAUAUCUUUAACAUGGAAAAAGCUUAGAGUGGAAUUGACAUUAGAAACUCCUCACAGGAGAGGAAUUCUAUCAAUUCCAUCACUGGGGCUGGUCACAGUUUAUUUAAAAAAAUCCAAUUCCCCUGCAUAUAUCUUUGAUUUCUUUCAUGCUAAGUCAGACUCGGGAGGGCUGCGGGUCAAAAUGUUGCAAAACUGGAGGGAGAAUUCAGAUGAAUCCCCCACAGUCUGUGAUCGUUCUGAGCUUAAAUUCCAGUUUCCAUCAGAUGGGAAUUUGGGUUUUCUCUUUGCAUUAGGACGGUGUUAAAACUUUUGUAACCAUCAUGACAAUAUAAGAAGGUGCCGAAUGAAGCAGGUGUUGAUAGUUAAGAGGAGUGUGUGGGUAAGUCUGUUCUCUUGAUUUUGAAUCAACUGGAACAUGCUCUGGGAUCUCACUAUAUAUGAACCUGAAAGUUUCUUAUAGUCCAUGCUGUAUUGUGGCUUGUUCUCUAUUUGCUGAAGGCCAUUUGGUCCCCUAGUAGGAUAUUAGUUUUGUUUUGCAGGACAUCAUGUAGAUUUAGUGAGGACUCCAAAAGACAAAUGACCACGUGCCAGAACGCUCUUCCUUUAUUUGUACCAUUUUCCGAACCUUUGCCAUGAGAUCUUAGUGUUAUUUGAACAAUGAUUAUUAUACGCCACCAUGAGCACAAACACCGAUGGGGCCAGUGCAAGAGUUGCAGGCGGAGAGGCAGAGACUGAAAUAGGGAAGGAAGUUCCUGCUGGAUCCCUGCAGUGAUGGAAGAUAGGUCGGGAGAGAGAUAAGGGGCUGGGAAACUGCAGGGUUUUCUCUGGAGAGCCAGACAGCCGAGGCUGAGAAUUGUUAACUUGCUGCACUGGAGCCGGAGAGAGACAGGAACUAGCCUGUGAUCACUGGGUGAAACUGUCCCUGAAUCCCAAAGAGCUACAAAUGAUGCUGCUUGUGGAGUUGCUGGGUCUACCAGUGAUUCCUGGGAAGACAAGACUGAGCAGAGAUAGGAAGGAAACUGGGGAAGUCAACAGGCCUGGCCGGCACUGAGGCCAGCUGACGUCCAUCACUGCGACUGAAAGGCAGUGGGGAGUCUGUGAACCAAGAUGGUCACUGCUACCCCCCUCCACAGCAUCCUUAACAGAGACUCUCUCUGUCACGCUCACUACAUGCACGCCAAGGACAUCCCUGGGGUAUAACCCCCUCAGCCGGGAUUGGAGAUGACGCACCCUUCUCUGGCUCCCAUUAACCCGAGCUCCCUGGCUUUCCUGCUCUCACAGCGUUUGCUUCCCUGUGACUGAAUCCUGGCAUCUCUAAUGGAUCCUCUGCAUUUUUUCUGCCCACUGUACAACGUUGCUGAUGCCUGCGGGAGGUGGGAGCAGUGCCUUGCUGGGCUGGGGCCGAAAUGCUUUGAGCUGAGGUUACUGGGUGUGGGGAGGAGAUUUUUAGCUUGUAUUUCUGGCUUGGAAAGAAUAAAGUGGAAUUUAAUUUCUCAAACUCUGAGUCCUUUGUCUUGAAUCUUGAGUAAAAAUGGCCUUUAACGGAUGUGGAGUCCACCU